GAAGCCCAAUUGUAAAAGUCCUCUUGGCUUUUAAAUCCAGACCCAAAAUAACAGCCCAGUAAGCAUAAGUGACUGGAAGAGAAACACGCGCGCACAGAGCACGUGUGACACACAUCUCCAUCCCUCUCCUCCUCAAUUUCUCAUAUCACAAUAUCUCACACCGAUCAGAUCAGAAACCCUCCCUCUAAUACCCAGAAGAAGAACCAGAAGCAGAAGAAGGGUUUUCGAAGAUGUCAGGUGCAGUAGUGGUGGGUUACUCGAGCUCAUGGGCGCGCGCCCUAGUCCAGAUCUCUCCGUACACAUUCUCCGCCAUCGGAAUCGCCGUUGCCAUCGGCGUCUCUGUUCUUGGCGCCGCCUGGGGGAUUUAUAUCACUGGCAGCAGUUUGAUCGGUGCAGCAAUCAAGGCCCCUCGUAUCACUUCUAAGAAUCUCAUUAGUGUAAUCUUUUGUGAAGCUGUUGCUAUAUAUGGUGUUAUUGUUGCGAUUAUUCUACAAACGAAGUUGGAGAAUGUCCCAGCAUCAAAGAUAUAUGCACCUGAGUCUCUUAGAGCUGGAUAUGCUAUCUUCGCCUCUGGGAUUAUCGUGGGCUUUGCAAACCUUGUCUGCGGUUUAUGUGUGGGAAUCAUUGGAAGCAGCUGCGCAUUGUCUGAUGCCCAAAACUCUUCACUUUUUGUGAAGAUCCUUGUGAUUGAGAUCUUUGGCAGCGCACUUGGAUUGUUUGGAGUGAUUGUGGGAAUCAUAAUGUCAGCUCAAGCAACAUGGCCUUCGAAAUGAUAAUUUGUUGAUCAGUAGAACUUGGCAACACAUUACCAUGUUAUGUGCGCAAAUGAAUUUCUGUAUUUUGUGCUUUUCAUCAUUAGUGAUAGGAAUGUUCAAACUACUGUGGAAAUAUUAUUUUGCCCACUUGUAUCAAUCUUAGGCUGUAUUUAAUCUGAUGGGAAUGAGUUUGUGGGAGAGCUGGUUGUUCUAUAUUGUAUAAGGAUGAGUUAAGCAUUGCCUCAUUCAUGGUGGUAGACCGUAUUAUCUUAGUUCUGAAUUAAUAACGUAAUGAUUUUUUGUGAAAA